AUGGUGCCCGCUCGCACCAACGUGCCUGCUGGGAUCCCCAGGAGCAAAGUGAAAUACUCAAUGCUCUCCAGCACUGACGAUGGACACAUGAACCCUCAGGACACUUUACCCGCCGAAGAUGGCUGUAAACCCCAAAGAUGUCCCGGAGUGGCGAGAUCGCACUUACUAAAGUGUCAGGAAAGCCCCGCUAAGGUUCCCUACAAGGCCAUUGCCUGCUUCGCCCUGCAGUUUUUGAUCGGCGCUGUUCUCCUGAUCACCGGCUGCCUCCUGCUGGCGGGCUACCUCAGCGAAGCAGGACCCAGCCGGGCCAUUGCCAUUCUCAUCGUGGGCAUCCUGGUGUUGCUGCCCGGGUUUUACCACCUGCUCAUCGCUUGCAAAGCCCACAGAGGCUGCCCUGGCUACUCCUACCAAGACCUUCCGGACUGUGGCGACUAG